AUAUUGCCGCGCGUUCGUUUUUUAUUACAAGAUGUGUUGGAUCUAAGAAGAAAUGCUUGGCGUUCGAGGAUUCAAUGCAACGUACCCGAAAUCUCCGUCACCGAUUUGAGUAAAGAAGAAUCCGAUGACAAAGCGAGUGAUUAUGCAUCCGAUGGCAAAGCGAUCAGUGCUGAUUAUGAAUCCGAUGACGAAGCGAGUGAUGAUGAAUCCGAUAACGAAACGAAUGAUGAUAAAUCCGAUGUCACAGCGAGUGAUAAAUCUGCUGACACAGCUUCGAUUAAAUCAGUAUCGCCUAAAACUGUCAAUUCUGUCGUUGAAGAAAAUGUAGAACAGCCCAUCGUGGCCAAUGAAGCGAGCGUUGAGCCGCCGAGCAACGAUUCUGUUCAAAAUAUACAUGCAGCAUCUGACGGAAUCACAAUUUCAAGCCGACGAACCCUUGAUGAAUCCGAUGUCACAGCUUCAAUCAAAUCGGGAUCGCCUAAAACUGUCAAUUCUGUCGUUGAAGAAAUUGUAGAUCAGCCCAUCGUAGCCAAUAAAGCGAGCGUUGAGCCGCCGAGCAACGAUUCUGCUCAAAGUAUACAUGCAGUAUCCGACGGAAUCACACUUUCAAGCCGACGAACCUCUAAUGAAUCCGAUGACACAGCGAGUGAUGAUGAAUUCGAUGACAUAGCGAGUGAUGAUUAUGAAUCCGAUGACAACGCGAGUGAUGUUGAAUCCGAUGACAAUAAAGCGAGUGAUGAUGAAUCCGAUGACACAGCUUCAAUUAAAUCUGUAUCCCCUAAAACUGUCAAUUCCGUCGUUGAAGAAAUUGUAGAUCAGCCCAUCGUCGCCGACAAAGCAAGCGUUGACCCGAACAACGAUUCUGCUCAAAAUAUACAUGCAGCAUCCGGCGGUAUCACAAUUCCAAACCGACAAACCUCAUCACAAGAUGCUUCGCAAACUGCCACUUCAUCGUUGUCUUCGGCCUUCUCAGCAACUGCACAUCAGUUGAAUUCGGUUAUCAUAAGUAUAUUUCAAAAAUACGAGGGCGAUGAUAAUUUGACGGCUUGUAUCGAGUCUUUUGAAAGACAAAUUAAUCUCCAACAAAGAUCAGACGCUGUGCAUGAAAUAAUGGAGUAUGCUACAAGUCGUACACAACAAUCGGCCUUGAAAUGCGGACGCUUACUAGUUAAACUAAUCAAACGUGGAAGUAUUACAAAAGAGUGUGUUAUUGAAUUGAUGAAAUUCUUCCAUGAUCGCGAGCAUUUCUCUGCGGAUCGCGUUAAUUUUUGGACUUCUUUGCUUUUAAUUUUAAUUCCACUAUUUCAACAUGUCUGUUUGCGAAUUAAUGAUCUGGAGACCGAAUUACCAAAAAAUAAGGUUUUCUUACAACACAUUCAACUUUCUAACGGGUGUCUCGUUUUAGUUUUGGAUAAUGUAUUGAUGGAUCAUUUAUACAAGCGUUUGGAAGAAGACAAUACCGAUGAAAUUAUCAAAUUGAUUGAUGCGAGGAAUAAUUUAGAGAACGGCCGAAAUUCCGCUACGCUUGUAUCGAAAUUGAUGACUAUGAUUUGUCAAAUCGUCUACGACUUCUGGAAGGUGUUGCAAAAAGAGGAAGAUACGAAAGUCGAUGCGGACAUAGGUAUCGCAAUUCAUAAAACUGUGAUAAAGUAUGAUAAAUUGUUAAAAAAUUACAUUAAGAACAAAAACGAUUUAGAAAUGCAAUGCUUAUUGGCUGUGCACGAAUUCGUGGAUAAGGCGAGUUAUCCUUCAGGUUUGCUUCCCGGAAUAUUCGAAUCAUUGUAUAAUUUGAAUCUAGUAUCGUACGAUUCGUUCGAACAAUGGAAAAACAGCGAUGCGGCGCCUAGAUUCGGAGUUGCGUUGAGUUUGUUAAGUCAAUUUUUCGAAAGCAUAGAAGAAACAAACGUUCAGAUAUCUGCAGCACCGAAGAUUAAAUACACCGUUGAGUUUUUAACUACGUUCCGUGAUUUGCCCGAGUGCAAUAAACCUGUACAGAUUAUUACAAAGGAGAUCGCCGCCAAAGUGAUACGAACACAAUCAAAUAACGAAAAAAAGAAUGAACCGAAAGUAGGUGGGUUUGAUAGAGCAACUUAUUUAAAAGUAAUCUCCAAUUCUAAUUCAUUCACGACGCGGACGUCCUCCGAACGUACGAAUAAGACAUCCCAAAGGACCGUCACCAGCCCAUUUAUCCAGAGUUAUUCUGAUUGGGAUGAACACCUCAACUACUGAAAUUUUUUUAUUAUGAUACUGCUCACAGACAUUUUCUUUCAAUUUUUUCGAUAAUGCGGUUUCCUGUACCUACUUUAGUUUUUUUUUUUUACCUAGGUUAUCAUUAAUUUUUUGAUUAAAAAUUUGUUAUUUGUGAA